AUGAACACUGCUGGUGGGGUGUGUCUGUCUGUGCUGUCCUCUCUCCUGGCCGUGGCUGGGGCCCUGGCUGCUGUGUCUGCCCUCGCUCUAGCUCCUCUCUCUGCCCUGGCUGAGGCUGCCUAUGGGGCUGCCGAUGGCAUCCCCAGCACUGGGGCAGAGGGGGCCCCCUCACCCAUCUCUGCACCAUGCUCCAGCCUUGUAGCUGGGGUGCUCUAUGGGUCUUUCUCCCUAAGGGAGCUGUUUCCCUCCAGGGCGCCGGGCUGUUCUUGGUCCCUGGAAAACCCCGAUCCCACCAAGUACUCCCUCUACCUCCGCUUCACCCGCCACCCUAUCAUCUGCCGGACACAUUCCCCUAUGCUCCUCUCUCUUGAUCACCACCUGGCCAAUCAAAGCUGUCCCCUUCAUUUACAGUCGGCCACAGCCAGGGAUCAGGAAGUCAUCGAUCUCUGUGGCAGCCAAUCGAACUCAGAUGGACCUUACUCCUUCCUACAGUUUGAUAAGAACUUUGUCCAACUAUGUCUAACGAGACAUCCAGCUGCUGAUGAGCCUCAGGUAGCCAAGGAAUUGCUAGAGCUGAGACUGGUAGAGGUGUUACUCAUCAAUAACGAGAACUCCAGUCAGUUUACCUGCGGCGUGCUCUGCCGGUGGUUUGAGGAGUGUUUACGCACGGGACACAAUGGGGAUCAGGAGGUUUCUGAUGGGGACGGUUGCGGGAUGACCCAGACAGGAUGUAUCUGUCCAAACCACAACAUCAUGGCACCACCUAUUCCGUUGCUCCCGGAGACACCCCACAGUUUCAGCAAUGGUUCGCUGGUUCCUGAUGACUGCUGUGUCACUGAGCUGCAUUCCAAUGAUGCAAUCGCCAUAGCACCCAGAGACGUCCGACAAGAUCCAUACGAUGACGAUCUGAAGGUGAAGACCCAAAGACCACGGUCAGCUGACCAGCCAGGUGUGUUUCAGGCACAAACAGGUGACCCUGCAGCAGAGGAGUGGUCACAGUGGAGCGUGUGUUCGCUCACAUGUGGACAAGGCUGGCAAGUGAGGACACGGUCAUGUGUUUCUUCUCCUUAUGGGACGCUGUGCAGCGGCGCCCUGAGGGAAACACGUAUGUGCAACAACACCGCUUCCUGUCCAGGUGAACCUGGGAUCACAGGCUCAGUGCAUGGGCUGUGGGAGGAGUGGUCGUCAUGGAGUCUGUGCUCUGUGACCUGUGGGCGGGGCUCCAGGACGCGAACCAGGAAAUGUGUGAACGGAGGUGGGGCCGUGGCUUGUGGACGGCCCGAGAUUCAGACCAAACUCUGCAACAUAGCAGUGUGUCCUGUGGAGGGCCAGUGGUUGGAGUGGGGGCCGUGGUCGAAAUGCAGUGUGACUUGUAACACGGGAACCCAGCAGAGACAGAGGCGCUGCAGUGCAUCGGUGCACGGCUGGGCCGAAUGUAAGGGCCCCCAUCAGGAGAGCAGAGAAUGCACCAACCCUUCAUGCAGCGGUGGAGGUAACUGGGGCAGCUGGAACCACUGGAGUCUCUGCAGCAAGACGUGUGACUCGGGUUGGCAGCGUCGCUUCAGGAUGUGCGAGGGAACUGGUGUACAGGGUUACCCCUGCGAUGGCUCAGGAGAGGAGGUCCGGUCCUGCAAUGAGAAGAAGUGCCCUGCUCCUCAUGAGAUUUGCAAAGACGAGCACCUUCUCUCUAUGUCGUGGAAGAGAGCCUCAGCUGGAGAAACUGUCUACAACAAGUGUCCAACUAACGCCACUGGAUCUGCUAGUCGUCGUUGCAUGCUGGACAAUAAUGGAGUUGCUUUCUGGGGUCCUCCGAGCUUCGCCAGAUGCGUCUCACUUGAAUAUAGAUAUUUACAUUUAUCUUUACGAGAGCAUCUCGCGAAGGGUCAGAGGACCCUGGCUGGGGAGGGCAUGUCUCAGAUCGUAAGGAGUCUCCUGGAGCUCUUGCAGAGGAGGAGCUACUACAGUGGCGACCUUCUCUUUUCCACGGAGAUCCUGCGAAAUGUGACGGACACCUUCAAAAGAGCAACCUACAUCCCAGCUCCCGACGACGUGCAGAAAUUCUUCCAGAUUGUCAGUCACAUGUUGGACAUGGAAAACCUGGAGAAAUGGGAGGAUGCUCACCAGGUCGCUCCCGGUGCCGCUUUGCUGAUGAGGAUAUUAGAGGAUUUCAUUCACCUCAUAGGAGAAGCCCAGAAGCCUUUUCAGAGUUUUCUAGUGGUUACAAACAACCUCAUGAUAACCAUCCAACGAGAGCCGGUGUCAGCCGUUUCCAGUGACAUCAACUUCCCCAUGAAGGGCCGCAGAGGGAUGAAGGACUGGGCCAGAACAGCAGAGGACAAGCUCUACAUCCCUAAAGAGGUCUUCACAGUCCCUACAGAAGAGACAGAGACGGACUCGGAGUCUACAAUGUACUAUGUCAUUGGGGCCAUUUUGUACCGGACGUUGGGUGUCAUCUUACCUCUGCCAAAUCCACCAGCGGUGAUCAACUCCAAGAUCCUGACGGUGACAGUACGACCGGAACCACAACCCAGCGAGCCCAUGGUGGUGGUGGAGCUGUCGCCGCUUAUGAAUGGUACAUCAGAUCCUCAGUGCGUUGUCUGGGACUAUGGCAACCCGGAAGCUGGCGCAGAAAACUGGGGCACAGAAGGCUGCCAAACGCUCGCAUCAACCACUGUCCACACCAAAUGCCUGUGCAGCAGGAUAUCCACCUACGCCGUGUUAGCUCAGCAAGCUAAAGACCCGGACAUGGGUCCUACCAGCAUGCCCUCUGUGCCCCUCAUGGUGGGCUGUGGGGUUUCCUGUACAGCCCUGCUCAUCCUGCUGCUAAUCUAUGCUGCCUUCUGGAGGUAUAUCCGUUCGGAGAGAUCGAUCAUCUUGGUGAAUUUUUGCCUCUCCAUCCUGGCGUCCAAUUUAUUGAUUUUGGUGGGACAAUCUCAAACGCUUAGCAAGGGCCUCUGUACUGUGACUGCUGCCUUCCUGCAUUUCUUCUUCUUGGCGUCCUUCUGCUGGGUGCUGACAGAGGCAUGGCAGUCCUACCUGGCCGUCAUUGGCAAAAUGAGGUCACGACUCAUUCGCAAGCGCUUUCUGUGCCUCGGCUGGGGUCUUCCAGCCCUCGUUGUAGCAGUGUCGGUGGGUUUCACCAGAGCAAGAGGUUACGGCACAGCCAGCUAUUGCUGGUUAUCCCUGGAGGGCGGUCUGCUUUAUGCCUUUGUUGGGCCUGCUGCUGUCAUUGUGUUGGUGAAUAUGCUCAUUGGAAUUGUGGUGUUUAACAAGCUCAUGUCUCGAGACGGCAUCUCAGACAAGUCUAAAAAGCAGCGAGCGGGUGUCCCAGCGGAGGCGCGUAGCCGACUGCUCCUGAAAUGCUCCAAGUGUGGCGUGAUCUCGAGCACCGCUCUGUCCAGCUCGACUGCCAGCAGCGCCAUGGCGUCUCUGUGGAGCUCCUGUGUGGUUCUUCCUCUGUUAGCAUUAACCUGGAUGUCAGCAGUGUUGGCCAUAACCGACCGACGCUCCACGCUCUUCCAGGUCCUUUUCGCCGUCUUUGAUUCUGUCCAAGGCUUUGUCAUCAUCACCGUCCACUGUGCAAUGCGCCGAGAGGUGCAGGAUGCAGUGCGCUGUCGGAUGGGGGGAUGUAAAGACGACAGCGAAAACUCACCAGACUCUUGCAAGAAUGGACAGGUGCAGAUCAUGAAAUGUCCAAAUGUGAGCUACUGUGGACAACAGUGCGGUUCUCUGCGUUACGGCACAUCCCCGUGCCUCUCGGCUUCCCACUCACAGGCAUUCCCACCGUCGUGCCACCAGGCAUGCCAGGGCCAGGGCUGUCACCACAGUCUGCCCCGCAGCAACCACAACCCUGGGCUAGACUACACCCAAGCCCUCAGCCACGCAUAUGAGCAUACCCCCAUCCUGAACAAUACCCACAACCAUGCUCAUAACCAUAAUCACGUCCACAACCACAUCAGCAGCCAACCAACGGAUUUUGAGAAGGACGUGGACUUGGCAUGUCAAACAGAGAGAGGACACCCAUUCAUUUUCAAGGAGGUCAACACCUGUAACCCAGCCACCAUCACUGGGACCCUUUCCCGUAUCUCGCUGGAUGAUGAGGAUGAUCCCAAGCUGGCGGCCCAUCAAGAGGGGGGAGUUGGAGUCAACUUCAGCUCCCUCCCUGGGAACAUUCCCCCUCCCAACCUCAUUGUACAGGUUCCACCCCUUGGAGGUCUCAAUGAGCUGAGUGAGACGCCCCUAAAGAAGGAGGUGAAUGUGGAUCAGCAGAGGCAGCAGGGGCAGCAGCGCAGCGGCGCUCCAAUCUACCUGUGCACCGAGAGUGGCCUGGGCUGGGCGCGGCCGCCCGCUUCCUCCAACAAUUCCCAGGAUGGAAGCGCUGGAAGCGGAGGAGGAGGGGGAGGAAGUGGGGGAGGAGGGGAGGGAGACUACAUGGUCUUACCUCGUAGGACGGUCAGUCUCAAACCUCCAGCACCCUCCUCCCAAGGAGGAGGCCUGGGACUGGGGGGCGAGGACAAGCCUCUCAACAUCGCGGUGGAGGAUCCUCCCUUCCCUCCACCUCCCUCUCCCCUGACCCUCCACCCAGCUGAGAGCGAGGCCUACCCAGCGGAUUUUGUGCCGUCCAGUGUGGGCGACAUGAACAUCACCAUGAACCUCAACCGCUCCUAUGGGACGAUCAAAACCAUGCCCCACGGGCACGGCCACAUGGUGGCUCAGGGUGGUCUUGUACACUCCCACGGAGGACACAUGCACUCCCACGGGCAUUCGCUCCAACUGAAGCCGGGCCAGAGGCCAUCGGUCCGACAGAUUCUGACGGGGGGCACUACAGUGGAGAGAACCAGGACCCUGCCACGCAACCUGGGCAGUACCAACGCCAACACCAGCCUCUCAGCAGGAUCCCUGGAGAGGAAAAGAGUACGGUACUCUGAGCUGGACUUCGAGAAAGUGAUGCACACUCGCAAAAGACAUUCUGAGCUGUACCAUGAGCUCAACCACUCGUCCAAGUUCCACACCAUAGACAGGUAUAACAGGGACGCAGCCAUGUCCACAUUCAAGAGGGAAAAGCGAUGGAGCAUUUCGUCUGCCGGAGGUGAAAAGAACUCGUCGAGUGACAAGUCAACCCCAGAGGACCAGAGCUCCUGGGACAGCUUCAAGACCAUGACCCCUGAGCUGUCCAUCGUGCCUGGGGAGCAGAAGGACCGGAUGGAGCUGCACAAUAAGAACUGGGACUCCUCCUCUGCUAACACACCCGAUUCGUCCGAGGGAGACUUCCAGACUGAAGUGUGAAGACACGCUGAUGUAGACACACUCACUUGAAUACACACUCUCUCAUCCCAAGAUACGGUACAGAUGCACACAGAGAUACUGAACUUCUGAAAAGCUAUACAUAAGUACAUGAUUUUUGGCAAAGAUCUCACACACUCUCCCCGUCUCCUCCAAUGUGC